GGCCGAAGCGGGCGGGGCGGGGCGAGGCAAGUUUGCUUCGGGAGUUCGGAGCCCAGGAGCCCCCGCGGCCGCGGCGCCGGUGCCCUCCGCCUAUGUCGGGAUGGAGCUGCCUACUGUGAACUUGAAGACGAUCCUCCUGGUUCACUGGCUGCUGACGACCUGGGGCUGCAUAGCGUUCGGGGGCCCCUAUCCCUGGGCCAACUUCACCAUCCUGGCCUUGGGCGUGUGGGCCGUUGCUCAGCGGGACUCCAUCGACGCCAUCAGUCUGUUUCUGGGUGGGCUGGCGGCCACCAUCUUCCUGGACAUCGUCCACAUCAGCAUCUUCUACCAGCGGACCGGCUUCUCGGACACGGAGCGCUUCGGGGCCGGCAUGGCCAUCCUCAGCCUGCUGUUCAAGCCCUUGUCCUGCUGCUUCGUCUACCAGAUGUACCGACAGCGCGGGGGUGAGCGCCUGCUCCAUAUUGGUUUCCUUGGACCGUCACAGGAGCGCAGUGACUACCAGACGAUUGACUCACCAGAGGCGCCCACAGACCCUUUUGGAGGCUCAGAGAACAGGGUUCACGGCCCACAAGGAUACUGAAGCCGGGCCCGGGGCCAGCGUAACAGACCGCGGAGGUGGCUCAGGCUGUAUGGCCUUCCUUGUGCCUUGGAUGGUGUUCUAGAGACAUUUCUGACCGCCCCCCUCUUGGACUGUGUUCUCCUGUUCCUCAUCUCAGGGGUUGCCUGGAUCAGGCGUCCUGAGUGGCCAGGGGCCCCACGCAUACCUGUCCCAGACUCCCUGAGGCCUCCUCUCCCUGCAGGAUAGCUCACUGGCCCAAGGCUGGGUGCCUGGUCUCUUUCCUCACCCGCUCGCGCAGCCCCAGGCUUAGCCACGGUUUGUUGAUCCCACCCGGCAGAAGCUGAGAGAGCUAUAGGUCGUGCUCAGCCCUCAGCCCUGGGAGCGGUGCAGUGUGAGAGUGAGGUCCCCGUGCUGCUCACUGCCUGUAACUCAGUGCUUGGGGACCUUGGGGCCGGAGGUAGGAGGCGUGGGCAGCACCCGAGACCCUCCCCAGCCUCCAGCUGCCCUUCCCAGAGCGGUGGCAUUAAAGGUUAGGGAACCUGUAGCUGGGUGUGUCUUGAGCCACAUUUAAUCUCCCAGCCGGGCUGGGUCCCAGACCUGUUGUUCCUGAGAAGAGGUCUCCUUUGAAUCCCCAGGGCACCUGGGCUUAGCUGCGCGUUCUGUUGUGGCAGGAGGGAGCCUGGGCUCGUGACCAGCUGGGCCUGCCCGCACCCAGCUUUGGCCCAGCCAAGGCCUGGCCAGAGGAGGGCCCUCUUUGGUGGGGCCGACGGGCAUCUGUGUCUCUGAAUCAGGUGACUCGGGUGUCAGUUUGAAUCUCUCUCUGCCACUUCCUGGCUACGUGCCUUUGAGCAACUUAAGGUCUCUGACCUCAGUGUCUUCUGGGAAAGGGCUGAUGGCUGCCCAGACGGGAUGCUACACAGAGGGCAGUGCCUGGCCCUUGGAAAGCUCCCAGGGUGACAGCAGCGUUGGGUCCUUGAGCCUGUGAUGACGUCGUUGGGUCAUUAGGCAAAGGGUGACAUCUUCUUGGCAAACCCCAUCUCUGGGUGCCAGGGCUGAUCAGGACCAAGACAUGUUCAGAAGCCCCAAGCACCCCCUGGCCAGGGUCCGACUCCACUCCGAGCGGACUGAGUGUUGCUCUCUGGGCCUCACGUGCCUGGGCUUCCCCAGGCCACCCUGACUUGUUCCCGGCACCAAGAGAUCAAGGCCUAGUGCACAACCCCACCAUCCUCCUCUGUCCAUCUGUCCAAAGGGGCAGCAAGGGCCUGGGGCUGAAGCCUGGUGCCUGCUCGCAGGGAACAGACGUUAGGAGUCCGCUGUCAGGAGGCAAGAGCCCCAAAGGGAACCUCUGGGAAUGAACUUGUGCUCUGGACCGAGGGAUGGUGAGCGGCUGCAGCCGUAGGAAAACUGGGAAUAGCUUCACUGGCAGAAGGGGACGGAUAGAUAAUCCAGGGUACAUUCGUUCUGUGGAUACGGUUCAGCAGUUCAAACGAAUAAACAUUUCUUUGUUUCUUUUUAA